CUAAAUGCUACUUGGAUUUUAAAAAAUUGGAAUAUUUUUAUUUUAGGUUUUUAUCAAAUCGAUAUAAAUUGAAUUAUGCUUAAUACAAUAAUAUAGUAUCGAUGUCUAAAUAAAAUCAUUAUUGUUUACAAACUUUUCGGAGUUCAUUAUCAAUCAACUUUUGAAUCUGCAUUGUAUACUUUGCUUGAGUUAAUUUGAUAAAGUAAUGCGGAAACAUCAAUUUUGUCUUCAGUUGUAAUAAUAUGUACCCGGAUUCCUUUAAAAUGGAAAGGUUACCUUGGAAGGUUAAAAUUUGAAAAGUAAUGUUUCAACUAUGUAAAUGAAUUCUGUUGACAGUCGUGGAGUAUUCAGUGUUCUGAAUAGAAAUAUUCUAUUAAAAUGGGCGGGUAUAAUCUACAAAUAAUUUAACGAAAAUGGAGUAUGAUUAUUUGUCACUAAAGAGAGAAAUUGACCCUAAUAGAUGCUGUGCUGGUUGGUUCUGGUGUAUUAAAGACAUUUGUGGGAUAGUUUGUGCAAUAUUGACAUGGCUAUUAAUUUUAUUUGCUGAAUUUGUUGUUAUGACAGUUAUUCUGUUGCCUUACCCAUAUACUUUUUAUAGCAUAUUUAAUGGAGUUUUAUUUCAUAUCCUUGGUUUUCUUGCAAUUACUUCUCAUUUGCGGACAAUGUUAACUGAUCCUGGUUCGGUCCCUAAAGGCAAUGCUACUAAAGAAAUGAUUCAACAUAUGGGUUGCCGUGAAGGCCAAGUGAUAUUUAAAUGCCAAAAAUGCUGUAGUAUAAAGCCGGAAAGAGCUCAUCAUUGUUCUGUUUGCCAAAGGUGUAUACGCAAGAUGGACCAUCAUUGUCCGUGGGUAAACAAUUGUGUUGGAGAAGACAAUCAGAAAUUCUUUGUUCUUUUUACUUUAUACAUUGCUUGUAUGUCACUCCAUUCGUUGAUCUUAGCAGCGCAACAGUUCUUCAGUUGUAUCGAUCGUGAAUGGAGAACUUGUUCUUCAUACUCACCCCCAACAACUGUUAUACUACUGGUAUUCUUAGUUUUUGAGGCACUAUUAUUUGCAAUAUUCACAUCAGCUAUGUUCUUCAGUCAGCUCCAGGCAAUCUGGAAUGACGAAACGGGUAUUGAACAGCUGAAAAAAGAAGAAGCGAGAUGGGUAAAAAAAUCUAGAUGGAAAAGUAUCCAGGCGGUCUUUGGCCGCUUUUCACUGGCUUGGUUCUCACCAUUUAUUUAUCCUCCUCCAAGGACACCAAGAAAAAAGGCUGACUACUAUUUGUUCUCUAAUGGAAAAAGAAACCUUUUGUUACAUACUCUCCAAGCUGGAGGUCAGGUUACAGAAGUUGAGUACUUCAGAGAAACUAUAUCGCAAAAAGAACGUCUGGUGCUCACUUUCAGGCACAUUUCUACAGAUUUAUCAUUAAAGGCGCUGUACUUUUCAUUCCGAAUACAUAAUUUUAUCAUUGGAAGGAAUGUCCUUGGGUCAUGUAAAACAAUUUGGGAAGCACUGCAACGAUGGCGGUUUCCAUCUAAUGAAAAGCUAGUAGGAUGCAUUGGAACUUAUCUCAAGAAGAAAUGGCGAUUGAUAUACUACAUUGAUGAUAGGAAUAAAAAACAAAUGCAAGUAAAAAGCACAGAACAGUCUAGAUAUGUGUAUUUAAACUACAAUAAAUUGUUUUUUAUCGAAUCACAAUACGCCUAUGACAAACAAAUGGACUGUGAGCUUUUAAGCUACUCAAACCUUGAGCUACAGCUCCAGCAAGAAAAUGAAAAUUUGAACUUUGAAAAAGAACUUUCGGGGAGAGACACCUGUAUAUCCCGCGUUCUGGUGAAUAAUAGUCGACAACCGUUCAAACCCAUAUUAAUGAGAAGCUUGACUGGAGAUAGAGAAAUUUUAAAUAUGCAAUUAUCAAACACAAGACAAAUCAUGCAAUGUGUAUUUGGUAUAAUGAGCGAAAAAUGGCGAAUAUUCUUAAAAGUUGUUGACAAUGAAGCAACUAAAAAAUCUUUCGUUGAAAGGGAUGAAAAUGUAGGUAGUGUAAAAGAAAUUAGAAUAGAAACAAUUUAAACGACUACUUUGCA